UACCUCUCUUUUCUUCUCCCGGCAGCAGACAGGAAUUAACUGCUGCAAGAUGGCAGAGAAAAAAGUAUCGACGAGUCGGAAGAAUCAGAUCAAGAGCUUGAUGCUCCAGAUCAGCCAGACGAUUCUGGAGGAGGAGGCGCGGGAGGCCAAGCGGGAGAAGAUAAGACACAUGGAGGAGAACUGUCCCUCCGUCUCCAUCCCAGGAACCAUGCCGGAUCUCCAGGAGCUCUGUCGGAAAAUUCACAAGCAGAUUGAUUUGUUGGACGAGGAGCGAUACGACAUGGAGAACAAAGUGAAUAAGUCUGACAAGGAG